AUGCCCAAGCCAGCGAUCGCGCAGUUUGGCAGCAUCAUGCUCACGGGUCUGAGGCCCGACGCUGGCUCAUACAUACUCCGAGCAGCAGGUCCAAGCCGGAAAGGGAGAGGAUGGGCGGGCGAGAUGGAGGAGAAUGAUUUCCGCCUUGGCGAUGUGUCCAAGAGAGCCGGAGCGGGCGAGCAGAGUCGUCUCCCAGCACGCCCCCCCUUUGCGUCGUACUCCGUACGCCUUUCUCCAAGCAGCUUACGGCACGCGCUUGUUCGGGGCCACGACCCGCACGAGGCGCCCGAACAAAGAAAGCAGCAGAGGCUAAGGAGGGGACUAGAGAUUAGGCAGAGGGAGAAAACGAGGGACGAGGACGAGGACGAGCGAGCGAGCGACGAGCAGACGAGCGGACAUGCGGCCGUGCCACAUUCCCUGUAG